GGCAUUACAAUUGACAACCGUGCCGUAAAAUGAAGUUGCAUGUGUUGUGCUUCUCUGCAGUUCUGCUGCUGUGUCUUCUUGUCUCUAAGACAUCACAAGAAGGUGCACUUAUUUCUGAAAGCUGUUUAAGAACUACAGAUACUAAAGUUCGUGUGCAACUUCUGGCAAGCUACUUUAUCCAGCGCAAACCCUUGUACUCUGUAGAGGCUGUGAGAUUCUUAACAGUCAAGGGGAUCACAAUCUGCUCGGAUCCCAACUCACCAUGGGCCAAAAAAGCUAUGGCGCACUUGGAUAAAAAGACACACAAAAAUAUGACAUCAGCUAAGACUGAACACAAAAAACACAGACAUUAAUAUUUUCUUUUUAAUUUUUUAAGAAAAUGCACUUUAUUGUAAGUUAUGUGUUUUUUAUAUACAAAUAAUAUAGCAUUUUUAUUACAAAUAAUAUUGUAUUUUGUUGAUAUUGUAUAUUGUGUCGUUUUCUCCCACAAAUGAAUGUAACUUGAUGUACUAUUGUACCUUUUUAUGUACUCUAUAAUUCAAUGCAUUUCGAUAUGUAGAGGUAAUAUUGUUAAA